AUGAACGGCGACGUAUCGCGACCGGCUGAGAGCCGUGGUUACUUGUCGGACACGGCCUGCGUAGUGCCUAGUUUGCCUGUCGAAACGGCAGAUGAUUCUGCCUUCUUCUCUGGAGACCAAGAAAACACAGAACCCACAGCUGCAAAGAGGUUGGAACCGAAAUGCGGAUUGAACGGCAACGAAAUGCUCCAGUCUUUCAGUUCGAGCAAAUCUGGACAACUGAAUGGUUCCCAGGCCGACCACCCGGAGAAAACUUCACACUCGCUUGCAUCGGUUCGGAUGUCUUCCGCAAAGGGUUGUUCAUCUCACAAAUUUCCCGUCAAAAAAGAUUUCGUGGAGAGGAGAAAACCAUCGGGUGUAUCCCCCCCAAAUUUCAGUGGUGUCAGGCGAGGGCCCUCCCAGCUAUCGGUGGCCGCCGCCACGGAUUCCAUCCCGAUAAACGAUUCUCCCUCUUCAGCACUUGCACAUCAGAGAGACCUUUCGCUGCACUGUGUGGAAAGACAGGCUGGCGCCCAGAGACAAGAAGGAAUAACUCAACCGGUACCACGGAAUCAGAACUUGUCUCCGUCAUCACUUAGUCUUUCCUCGUCAUCCCUACGGCGCAUCAUGCCAGCUUCACCUACACAAAACCCUUCUCCGGCAGUCCCAGAGGCGAGUGACGGUGUCCCUUCGUCCUGCCAGAAUGGUCAGGUUCUUAGGCGUGACCUCUUGCCACCAUCGGAGUACUGCUCUGAAUCUGCUGGCGCACCCCAGAAUGAAAUUGGAGGGGAGAAGAAAAUUCGUUUCCAUGCCAAUCAACUAGCUUGCCAAACAUGCUUAUCAAAAAGGACGACAGACGGCACGCCAGCACGAUGUGCACGUUCGUCGUUUCCGGGCGACACGGAACCGGAUACCACUCCUCAGACAUUCAGUUCAAAUACCCCCAGUGGCAAGCCCGGUGUGCACCGUCGAGGGGACAUCAACAGUACUUUUUCGCUCGAGUCAAAUGCAGUCUCCUCUUCUGUGGAUACACGUGGGAACGAAGGACACAAACCCUGCCAGAAGACGCCCAAUCCGUCCUCGACUUCUUCGUUCGCUCGAUCUUCUUCCCCUCCUCAGCCUGUCGGUACUGGGAACACCGUGACAGAAAGCUGGCCGAGUAGUGCUGGUGAAUCUGCACUGUUGUUAGAUGACGACGAGGACGUUGUGAUGCUGAAGGGCGGGGAAAGCAGCUGGACAAAGGAGAAACGGGAUGAACUUAUGGCCCGCGUUAGUCACGCGCGCCUCCGCCAGUUGAGAGAUCUUUUCCUCGACCCCUGCAGAAAAGAGGCACACCCCUGGACCACCGAGGAGAUUGAACUCCUUCAAGCCGACUACAACCAAAACCACGAAGACUGGGUAGAAGUCCUCCAGCCUUGGCAAGCGACGCCGCUUCAUUUGCAGGCAGUCCCCUUCACGUACUCGGUGCUAAAGAAGGCACCCCUGAAGUUUCCUGCGAUUUUCUGCAAGCAAAUUCCAUUCUUCUUCCCGCACCCGUCUGGAAUCGGUGUCUUUCGCACCGUCCUUAUUAUCGAGCGCAGGCCGAGAGAGAAAGAUACGCUCAGUGGGAGCAGGACGCCGGCGCACAUCGCAGGACAAAGCCAUGCAGAUAGCGCUUCAGCUCACCAAUCGCCAGUUCCUCGGGGUGACACAGAGAAAAAGGAAUGGGAAUCGGGGAACUCGUCCAGCCCCGCGUCCUGUCGAAGCCGUAGGCGUCCUCGGGGGUCCUCAGCGUGGGUGUCCGUCUCGCCAGAGGCUUCACCGAAAGGACGAGCACAGGGAACUCCCACCUGUGGAGGAUCACCCCCGGACGUGAACCAUAAGUGUAGCAAGGAAUCGAAGGCUCGACGAUUCACCGCUCGUUUCUCACUGAGUCGAGAAGACCAGGACAGAAUGUGCUGUCAGAAUUCCGGCGAAAGUUUGACUGAAGAUGCCGCGCGGCUCGUGCUCAUUUGGGAGCCUUACCAGCAGACGGAUAAGGGCCUGCCGACUGUUUCAGAUGGAAGCGAGGAGACGCGAUGCGCGGCUGCCACACCCUCUGUUGGAACCGAAUUCUCACCGUCUCCAUGCUCGUCAUCAACUCCAAUCCCCGCUCUGGAGUUACCAGACGACGGGCUUCAACCGGGGGCGUUUGCCCACGUUGUCACAGGCCGUUUGUCUCUUCCAGUGUUCUCGCCUCUGCCGUGCGCCCGGGGGGAUCCUGAGUCGGCUUCUGAGAGCGUUUCCAGUCUCUCGGACCUUGCUUCAGACCACUGCGUCUCUCCUUUUGCGUUCACCGCUGUUCAGAGAGCCGAAGCCGGCGAAGGUGGUUUGUCACCGUGUGCAACACCGACUCAGCUGCAAAGGCAGGAAAAGAAAAGGAUUCUUCGCAUGCAGCGCCUCCAACAUAAACUCCUGCAAGGCCUCGAGGAAGCCGACCUGCCAGAACUCGUCUUCGAGGGGAGAGUCGUCGGGUGCGAGCUUCACGGUUUUCUUCCCUUCAACGAGCGACGGAGUGAGCAGGAGAAACACAGAGCCAACGCAGGGGACAACAGAGCCAAAGGCGAAGCAGGACCACUAGUCUCAAACCGAAAUAAUGGAUCGGAGGUCCCGACCAAAUACCGAAAGAUUUCCCGCGACGAACACUACACAGGCGACCACGCAGCUGCGACUGGGAAGGAAAGAAUCAGGGAAGCGCCGUCACAGCCGUUGACGAUGGAUGAAAGGCAGGAGAAGGACGCAAUAACGAGAGACGAAAGAGAAACAGGGAAGGGGAAAGAAGAAGACGAGGUAGAAACAUCUUCCGUCGAGAGAAUGCAGACUUUUCUGAAUCGAGAAGAAGGCGGAGACACACACAGAGAGAAGGAAAGGAUCCCCACGGAGGGCGGCAGAAAGGCAAGAAACGCAGAGCCGUGCAAUGGAGGUGUUGCGCCCGGCGUAUCGAGCGAGAACAGGUGGGGCGGAAAAGGCGAACGUCUGGGGCUUCGCCAGCGCAUGCUUCUCUGCGUCCGCUUGGAGGACGACCGGGUCUUUUUGUAUGAGAUCAGGAGUUUCAUCAACCACUCCGCCAAAGCUCUCGUAGAUUGGGAACGACGGGUUCGCGUCGCAGAACGAGAGAUCGCUGUCGCAGCUGGGGUUCCCCUCCCUGCUCCGUCCUCGGCUUCUAAAAGUAAACUCGAUCCGAGAAAACACUCACCGCAUCAACGGGGCUUUUCCUCCACGCCUGCACCCCACGCCGUGUCUUGUCUCCCCGGCUCUGCAGCGGCUGUCGCUCUCUCAGGUGCGUCCGUGAAGGAGAGACUCGCAGGGGCCGACGAACGCCAGAGACGAGGAAGGCGAGCUGGCUCCUUGAGUGCCUCACGCAUUGCCUCAUCGGAAACUCAGGCGCGGGCAGCUGAAGGGAAACCCGGUGAAACGGAAGGCAAAUGCUGUGCAGCGUCUUCGCCUGCUUCUCAGUCUUCUCUCACGCAGGACGCAGCUACAACCCCAGUUGAGACGCUGUCGCCUCUGGAGAAGGGGGACGCAAGUGAAAAGAGCAACGACUCUGUCAGUCCGACCGCGAAGACGCUCGCAGAAGCUCCAGAGGACGAUUUCUCGCGGGAAGCUGUUGCCUCAGAGCAAGCACCCUUCUCGGAAGAGGGAUCUGUUUCAGAUCCAGGAGCCACUCUGUCUGCGCCAGCGCCGACCACAGAGGGGGUCUCCUUCACAGCCGUGCCCCUUUCAGUUCCACCGUCUCAGGCCUCACUUCCUUUUCUUUCUCGCCCGGACGUGGAGGUUCCCGCGUCAGACAUGAACACGGGAAGUGACUCACAGAAACGCAGUUCUCCUGAGGAGAAUGAAUUUGGCUGUGAAAAAGGAAUAGACACCCGAAGCGUGGCGCCAAAGCAGCGCGAGGUGCAGAGACCGGCCGAUAUUGAGCGGGCCGAAGCAUGCCCUGGAGAGAGCGAGAAAUCGAAGAUCGGGAACGAACUCCAGGUUCCCUCCACUUCUUGUGGUCAAGAGAACCGUGCCUCUCCACACGAAAGCUUGAAAUCAUAUACGUCGUCUUGCUCGUCACCUUCUCCCUCUUCGUCUUCUUCACUCUUGCCAUCUUCGCCUUCAUCUGCUUGCCCUGAUUCUUCUCUCUCCAACAGUGCAGGUGGAAACAAGGAGGCGGUGCGCCCCAGAAGAAGAGCCACAGCUGAUGCCAAUGCGUCUGAGUGCCUGGAGUCUCCCGCGGAGAAGACAGGACCAAGGAGAAGAGAGGAGGUGGAAGCGAUAGGGAAGAAACCGGCGACGACGUUCAAACAGACGCCUCCAAAGAGACGCCUAACUUUGGAAGAGGCCGACGACCCACCACUUUGGUUCGACUGCGACGAAAGCCCGACGACAUGGAGAAACCCGUUUGAUCCAAGCAGGCGCGGUGCCCGCGGUGCCCCUAGGGGCGGGACCAGCGGGUUCGGCAAAAUGUUUGCUCUUCCCCCUCUCGCCGUUUUCCACGAUCUGCAGUGGGACGCUUCCGAGACGAGGAGACUUCGUGACUCAUGGCAUCUCUCUCAAAAUGUUUUUUUACCUGCAUGCGACCCCGCUCGGGCAGGAAAUCAGGACGCCACCAGUCCGGCUGCUCUCGGCCCGGAUCUGAAUGGAUCAAACAGUACCUCUGAAACGCGUGACUCUUCUUGCAAGAAGAGAACAGAUGGCUUCCACGACAUAGAGAAGGGAGCAGCGCUGGUCUCUCAAGACUGGCAAAAGCAGAUUAUCCCCUCCGCCGCUCUUUGCUUCUUCUUCUCCAUCUACGAGGAAGUAGAAGAGUGCGAUGAAGCUUGUGGGCUUUCUCAGGAAAGAACAGACGUGAAACCAACACUCUGCGUGACACGUGGAGUUCAGGGUGGGGAAGGCUCUCAGACUAUUCCUCCGACCAGGCGCCGCAGUGCCACGAGCGAGGACAAUCCCUCGAAGACUUUUUGUCUUCCGACAAACGUGAAAGACGAAGUUCCAGCGUACGAGAAGUUGUUUGAGAGAAAAGGGCGGACACAGGGCUCGCUGUCACCAGCCCAUGUACAUGCACCCAGGGGAGAAACAACGGUUAUGAACGCAACAGAAAGCAGAGGAACGGGGGUCGGGGCAGCCGCAGCAGGAUCAGUGGCACCUAGGAAAACCGCCGAAGAAAUGGCAUCAGGAAUCGCAUGGGGCGAGACUCGUGGUCAAGCAGAGGGCAUGAAACGAAGAAAAAAGAUUGUUAUGCUCUCUCACCUCGCAGCCGUGGCUCGGGCUCCGCGAGGGUUUUUACAGACAACUGCUGGAAGUGGCUUUGCGAGUGGAGACCAAGAAUCCUCGGCCGCGGGCCGCCCUGACGAAGUGUUUCGAAGCUCUGAUACAAGUCACCUGACAAACGGUAUUCGAGAAGCUCCAGCAGUCGCCGGUGCCUCCGAAUCUUCUCAGGCGAACGUCUGUUCCUCGAGAAAAUCAGAGCCAUCGCAGUUGCUCUCUGCAAAGAGCAACCCACCGUUCAAAAGCGACAUCCUUUCCACAGAGACGGUUUCCUCUCUCGGUUCCGCUUCGCCGCCGAGCGCCGUGGGGGGGAAAGUCUGUGUGUGGCGGCUGGAGCCUCUUUUGCGGCAGUUACCGCUGGAGGCAGACAGUGACUCUGGGGUUUCUCUCGCUCCAGACAUUUCCUCUUUUCGUCUCGCUUCUUUCCCGUCUGCUCAGCAGAAAAGAAGGCGAGUCGCCACGGAAGGUCCCUGUGGAAGAAAUAGCGCAGGAUCGCAUCGGAGUAGGCACCAGGAGAGACUCUCAUUCUCUGCAACGGAUCAAGCUCCAGAACGAGAGGACUUGCCCCUGUGUUGCUCGGACGCAACGCCAUGUCGGCUUUCGAAGGACGAAUUCGAUGCCUGUGAGGAGAGUGGAAAAAUCAGCUUUCCUCCCCCCUCCUCACACAAUUCUCUUCUUCUCUGCGAGUGCUACUUCCCUCCGAACUGCAUUCCUACGGAUGUCAGCGCAACGCCGGGGAAGACGCACGUUGUUUUGAAAAGAAGGACAAAAGCCUUUGGACGCUCUGACGCCAUUGAAGAGAAACUAGAGGCGAAGGGUAUGGAAAGUUCCGUUAGACGAAUUGAACAACUGCCCACGAUGGUUACAGUCGACACGACUGGCUCUUUGCGAGCCUGGACUCUUGGAGAGCGAGCCACCUGCGUCGCCGCACAGAGGCUCCUCGACAGCCCGCUGCUGGCGGUGUCUAUUAACCAGCAGCUUCCAUCCCUCGCGGCGGUUGGAGCAGGCGACGGCCGAGUUCGGAUUUGCGACAUUUCUGCGUUUCUCUCACACUGGCGGUCUCCUUUCGUGUGCGAAGCCCGAUUGCUCCAACCCCUUGCGUCGCCGCUCCUCACGCUGCCGUCGCCUCUGGGAGAGGAUCUCUACCGGGUGUUUAGGCGCCAGCACCCCGUCCGCCGACUGCAGUGGCUCGCGGGCGGGGCGCUGCUGGGUGUCGUGCACGAGCAACCGGCGUCUGAAAGGCACCUCGCGGCUUUUGGGAGUUGCGCCGCUGUUUGGGCGCCCGGAAGAGAUGUCUUCGACGAUAUUAACGACGCUGCACACCACAAACUGUUCUGGGCACGGGCAGCGAAGCACCCCCAGGCUGCGAAGUUCGCUCGCCUGGUGUCUGUACACGUCGCACACGCUGUUGCAGCUCUCGAUCGCAGUGAAGGAGCGAAGAGCAGCGAAUUCCACGUGCCAAAGGGCACAGUCGGCUCUUUCAGGGGUUUGUGCAAGGAAGGAAGUGCGCGCAUGCUCGGUUGUGAUUUCCUCUUCACUAAAAAAGGCGGGGUGGCCGGAGUUAGCACCGACACAGCUAGCAUGCUGCACUUCUGGAAGCCCGGCAGCUGGCUGCUAGGCGACGUCGAAGACAUCGGAGUGCUCGCACGCAAGACCGGGGACAAGACACAGUUGUCUCGAGCGUUGCAGCACAUAGCCACACAAAUCCAGCUUCGGUCACACGUUUCCACACGCGCAGAGAAGGCGAAAAUGCAGAGACAGGCAGAAAUUGCGAGCGAAGACGUUGAACGAGCUACACACGGCGAAAGCCUUGCAUGCACACGGGAAGCGCUGAUGCGGCCCUGGCAAAAAUUCCUCGCCGUUCGCCCUGUCACGCGUGUGCUGGUGGAGAAUCUGCGCGCAGAAAUCCAAGACGAGGCGGCCGCGUUCGACUUUUUCGCCGAUCCCCACAUCCAAUGGCUCGAAACCAAAUAGAGCGCCUACGACUUUAUAGACGAAUCUAUUUUGCUCGCCAUUUGAAGUGUCGAUCAACGAAGCCCCGUAAAGGCCCCGGCUUUGUGUACUGAACAUGUAACGGCAAUAAAUGUAGCAACUUCAUGUGGAAUCUGCUCUGCGCCU